UCAUUUGUCAGACGCAUACACACUUCCUACUCACUUGUCUGUCUGAAGUUUUGACUACAAAGCAGGCAGAUAACAUUUAGAAAAAAGGAAAAGGAAAAAGAAAAAAGUGAGAAAGAAGUCGAUGCCCCAUCUUCGCACACUGAGGUGACAGAGAAGCUACACACUAGUGAUGGAGCCACAACAGAUAAGAGAGGGAUACUUGGUGAAAAAGCGCACAGUAUUAAAUUACUGGACCGCUAUGUGGGUGGUGCUGUCUGAAGACGGGCUGGAGUUCUACAAGAAGAAAACGGACCAGUCUCCCAAAGGGAUGAUCCCCCUGAAGGGGGCCACGCUCAUCAGCCCCUGUCAGGAGUGCGGCACUAGAAUGUUGGUCUUCAAGCUCACCACGCACACGAAACAAGACCAUUUCUUCCAAGCAUCGCACGUUGAAGAGAGAGAAUUGUGGGUGAAGGACAUCAGAAGUGCCAUUCGGUGCCUGCAAGGCGGCAAGAAGUUCGCCAGGAAAUCCACAAGACGCUCCAUUCGCCUGCCUGACACUGUCAACUUGAAUGCACUGUACACUCAGUUGCGAGACCAGGAUGAAGGGGUGAAAGAGUUAAAGCUGGAGCAAGAUAAUAGAAUCUUCAACCACUGCUUCACUGGUUGUACAGUGGUGGAUUGGCUCAUAUCCAAGGAGAAAGCCAGGAACAGGCCCGAGGCGCUCAUGUUAGCUACGGGACUCCUGAACGAGGGCUUUCUGCAGCCUGCCGGUGAACUUUCGAAGGAUGGAGCUGUGAGCGGGGAGAAAUCCCUCUUCCUGGAUCAGACUGAAGCUUUUUACUACUUUGCAGACAGUGGCUUCUUUUGUGAAGGCUACUCUAGUGAUGAGGAAACUCUUGUCAAGGAAGAAUUCAGAGGGAAUAUUGUCAAGCAAGGCUGUUUGCUGAAACAGGGCCACAAGAGAAAAAACUGGAAAGUCCGGAAAUUCAUUCUGAGGAAUGACCCUGCUUUUAUGCAUUAUUACGAUCCCACCAAGGGUGAUGAACCUCUGGGGUCCAUCCAUCUACGGGGUUCUGUGGUGACAGCUGUGGAUUUCGUACCCGAUGCCAAAAGAUACGACGUGGACGGCGACCUCUUUGAGAUCAUCACCUCUGAUGAAACGCACUAUUUUCUGCAGGCAGCCACCGCCAAAGAGAGAAAGGAGUGGAUCGAAGCCUUGCAGGAGGUGUCCAAAAGCGGGAAGUAGAACUGAUUGGCAGUCUCUUUGUAAUGGAUAUAGUUGCUCAAUAAUAGCAAACGAGGAAAUUAUGCAAUUGAAUUGUCAUAAUCAUAUGUAACUAACUGAAAGUUUUUUUUUUCCUGGUCAUGCAAAAAUUGUUGUCAUUGGAGAAUUUAGCUUCUCAUUUCCGCUUUCAUGAAGUCAAAGAUAGUGUGUGUAAUCAUAUAAGCACAUGCAUGUCCACUGUUCCUGAUUGGGAAUGUACAAGUAUAUUAAAACUUCCAAGUCUACUUCUUCACAUAUUCUAGUGAUUAACCCGUGGGCGUUUUUAUGUUGACUAAAUUCUUGUGAUUUUGUCCAAAGUAUGGCUUUUCCUUUGAAGUGUGAUAACUAAGUUAUUUAUGAAUAUUUUUCCACUUUGAACCACUCAAAAAUGUUCAUUGUUAAUGCCCGCUAUGGACAUUAAA